AUCGCGGCGGCGGCCCCUGGUGUCCUGCCCCCCCGGUGUCCUGGCCCCCGGAGGCGCCAUGCCCCACACAGUCACUCUCCAGGGCCCCUCACCCUGGGGCUUCCGCCUGGUGGGCGGCAAGGACUUUAGUACCGCGCUCACCAUCUCCCGGAUAAACCCGGGCAGUAAAGCAGCCUUGGCCAACCUAUGCCCAGGAGACGUGAUCCAGGCCAUUAAUGGGGAGAAUGCAGAUAGCAUGACUCAUCUGGAAGCCCAGAACAAGAUCAAAGCAUGUCUGGACCAGUUGACCCUCUCUGUGAACAGAACUGAAGGGAAGCCCUGGUCAUCUAGCAAUCCUGAUGAUGGCAAAGCACAAGCCUACAGAAUCAACAUAGACUCGGAGCCACAGGACAAUGGAUUCACUCACAGUAGAAGGUCUUCAGCCUCAGGAGGGAGCCUGGCUGAUAGCAAGACUAGCCUGGGCCUCCAAUAUGGGACUCCAUCCCGCCUCUAUUCCCACAACAGUGAGGCCAAUUUGCAGGCACAGAUGAGCAACCUCCAUGUGUCUCCACCCCACAGCAGUGCCGAUUCUACAAGAUCUCUCCCAAGGAGCAGGAAUGGCAUUGACAUGGAAUCUGAUGUGUAUAAAAUGCUCCAGGAAUAUGGAGAACCUGCCUCAGAGCCCAAGCAGUCUGGGUCCUUCAGAUACCUACAGGGCAUGCUAGAAGCCGGAGAGAAUGGUGAGAAACUAGAUCGGGCAGGUGGCCCCAGAAGCCUCAAGUCUCCUGUCUCCAAGCUAGGUGGCCCCAUGGGCAGCCUGCAGAUGCUCCCUGAGUGUACCAGAUGUGGGAAUGGCAUUGUGGGCACAAUUGUGAAGGCACGGGACAAACUCUACCACCCUGAGUGCUUCAUGUGCAGCGACUGUGGCCUGAACCUCAAGCAGAGAGGAUACUUCUUUAUUGAGGAGUGCCUGUAUUGUGAGACCCAUGCCAAGGCCCGGGUGAAGCCCCCAGAGGGCUACGACGUUGUAGCUGUCUACCCCAAUGCCAAAGUUGAACUUGUCUGAGAGCAGCCCAGCCAUCCCCAAACCUAGGGGCAUUGACAGGGUGGCUUGCCCUAGCCAUGCACACAUACACACUACACCCUUUGUAACACGGCUCAAACCUUGUAGGUGACAUCUUCACAGUAAAACACCUUUUCCCUCAGGAGAAGGAAAGGCAUCAAGUUUGCCCCAUGGAAGAGCUAUUUCCUACUCCUCGCGCUGCUCCCUGUCUAUAUUGUAUUUUCUGCUUUUGUUAACAUUUCUGCCCUGGCCUUAUCCAGACUCUCUGUAAAUAUAGGAAGCCUUUUCUACCUUGUCACCAAUAAAACCAGCGUUCUGUA